AUGGGUGGAGACGGUGGGAGUAUACCUCGUAGAGUUGAGCUUGUGCGUAGUAAGAAGAAGAAAGAAAAUGUGGGGAAGGUUGCCGUUGACGCAGCCAAAUGGAAGCAUUGUGCUCUUAGUCAGCAACCUCUUCGUCAACCCAUAGUUGCUUGUCAACUUGGAAGACUGUAUAACAAGGAGGCUAUAAUCGAGAAACUUCUGGACGAGUCAAAAUAUACAAGCUCGGUCGCUGAUCAUAUUAAAAAGUUGAGAGAUGUCUGUGAUCUUAAGCUAACGCCUACUCCGAAAGAACUACAAAGCCACGAACUUUCCUCAGGAAUAAUUGAGAACUCUGCUGAAUCCUUUUGUUGUCCGAUUUUGGGACAGGAAAUGAAUGGGUCCUACCCAUUUGUUUUUUCCNGGGAGUGCGGUUGUGUCUUUUCAAAGAGGGCUUAUGAUGCCGUCAAGGACUCGAGCUGUCUCAUCUGCGGAGUACCACUCAAAUCAAAUAGUAUCAUUCUACUUAACCCGGAAUCUGAGGAAGAAUUGAGAACCGCUCAAGAUCGGCUUAAAGUCUUUAAGGAAUCCUGCAAAAAGGAUUCAAUUGAGACGGGAGAAAAGAGAUCUUUCUCUUCCUCUACGGGUCUUGCCUCCUCCGCUGUCAAGAAGGUCAAAGUUGAAUCAGUGGGGGACGAGGAAGGAGACAGAAAAGUCCCAACGUCCGCCUAUGCCUCAGUUCAGGAUGAUCCAAACGCCUCAUCCGCAUUCAAGUCCCUCUUCACCACAUCCGAGGAGGCCCGUAGGCAACCAAAGGCUCACUGGGUCACCUUCAAUCCUCUCUACUUCCGAUGA